UCAUAUCAUCACAGACGCUGAGCAGGUUCAGUCAGUGAUAUUAGAUCCCGAUGACAGUCAUGUGGUGAUACAGUCAUUCUCUGCUUGUACACACAUACCAUGGCCCACCCGUAUGAUCCCUGGUUACGCGCUGGACCACCACAGGAGGAGAUGGGUGUGUCCGGAUGGUGGGAUGUGCACACUGGAGCUGCAGGCAGUUGGAUGGACCAGCAAGGGGCGGAGCAGGGUGGGUCCAUGAGCUCUUACGGCCCCGACCCUCAGAUGUGCUGCCUGCCUGCCUCUAGCUCUGCGCACGCCGCCUUGCACUACCCGCCCGAGGGCUUUAAGAUGGAGCCCCUGAUGCAGGACCUGCUGCCGCAAGCGUCGCCAUCAUACUUGUCAGAGGAGCAACAGGAUACCGUGAGCACAGCCGCACGAUCCAAAUCCCAACGUCGCACAGGUAGCCGUACUCCAAGUCAGGCAUCAUGUCGCUGUCCCAACUGCCUGAGUGCCGAAUCUCUGGGAACUGACGGCAAACGCAAGCACCUUCACAACUGCCACAUCCCCGGCUGCGGAAAAGCCUACGUGAAGACGUCGCACCUCAAAGCUCACCUGCGCUGGCACAGCGGCGACCGACCUUUCGUCUGCAACUGGCUGUUCUGCGGGAAACGCUUUACCCGCUCGGAUGAGCUGCAGCGCCACCUGCAGACGCACACCGGUGCCAAACGCUUCGGCUGCAGCUCGUGUCCGCGGGUGUUCCUACGAGCAGACCACCUCGCUAAACACGCACGCGUACACGAGUCAUCGGGCCAAGCUGCUGGAGAGACUUGCACGGUGACGCCGGUACCUGCGACAGGAAGUGGCGCCAGCAGCACGUCACUGCUCAGAGUGAAGACAGAAUCAGAAAAUGAGGAAGACGACACAGUGACGCUGAACAGCUAACUGCUAGCAAAUGCUCAUUACCACCGAAUCAUAAGGCCAAUAAACAAACGCCUCCCGAGAACAGAAGAAUAAACGAGAGAUUGUUAUGAAUUCACAUCUGUCGUGAAAACAACACGUGUGAUCGGUAUCCAACACAUGCUUUUAUAAUAAUAUUUAAAACUGUAUAUUUGGUGUUUUAUAUUCGCUGUUGUUUAAUUUAAAGAUAAUGUGUUUCGCGGUGUAUUGUGUCAUUGUAAUCUGUAGAAUUGUAAGGAGUAUAAUUGCAAAUAAUGUUUCAUAUUCUGUAUGUCUUGUGAUACUGCGAUAAGAACUCUAAUAAUAAACAGA